AUGAGCAACUCGCAGCCGGUUCACGGGAACUACCAUGGAUACUACACCAAGCGGCUGUUUGUGCGUGAUCCCCGACUAGCAGUACUGCCUCCUUCCACCUUCGCUGGUGCGCGGGUUUUGGAUGUGGGAUGCAAUGAAGGAUUCGUAACUUGCGAGAUAGCGCAGUCAUGGGGCGCGAAGAAAGUCAUCGGCGUAGAUAUCGAUGACACGUUGAUCAGGGCUGCAUGGAAACGGAGGCGCACCGUGUGGAGCUCUCAGGAACCUUCAAGAGACAACCAAACAUUGAAUGCCAACAUGACCCAGACAAAUGGCAGGAAACGAAGGAGGGAAUCAGUCGCCUCGGACGAUGAAAGCACGAGUACUGGUCGCGCGCAAGCAGAUUACUUCCCCCUGUCAUGUGAACAUAUGUUCGGGCCACUACCUAUACUUUCUACGUGCAAAAGUGGCGACUCCACGAACUUUCCGCAUAACGUUGCCUUCCGCGCGGCCGAUUGGGUUAACAGCGAGAUCCCUGAAGACAAAGAAGGAUACGACGUUAUUCUCGCAUUCUCGGUAUCUAAAUGGAUCCAUCUCAAUGGCGGAGAUGAAGGGCUGAAGAAAUUCUUCCGGCGCAUUUAUUCUGUGCUAAGACCGGGGGGCACAUUUGUGUUUGAGCCGCAAGACUGGGAUACAUACGCUAAAGCUAAGCGCAUGGAUGCUAAACUCAGAGAGAAUGCCAAAGGGUUGAAGUUACGACCAGAAGACUUCGAGAGGAUCCUCACUGAGAUCGGUUUCGGCCCCGCACAACAUCUGGGCAUGGUCGGACAGAGCGGAUUCCGACGACCAAUUGAUGUGUAUAUUAAAGCCGGAUGA